GCCAGCAAGUCUUAGCUUUCAACUGCAGAAAGCUCCCUCUAAAGGCCUCCAGCGGGUAAAGACCUAAGACAUGCUCGUGUUAAGUUCUCCCCAAUCUAAGACGUCUACUAAAUGUACCGCUACCUGUGCAGAUACUACUCCAAGUUCGACCUACCAUCUGGCGCUCACAUCGCCCUCGUGAUAUGCACCGUCCCCGACGCAAAGACGCGUCCACACAUGGUGUCCUUUACCUACUACCCAGCAAGCGGCUCGCCCAUAUUCCAGCGCGAGCACUGGGUCUCCGCCAUCGAACGCACAACCACAGGUCCAGGCAACGCCUUCGAACUACGCAUCCCCGACAUGGGAACCAUGGCCGUCGACGCCGACUCUACAACGACAUACUCCCUCUCCUGCCCCGAAUGGAGCCUCUCAGCCAUGACCGGAAGCCACACGCCCUGGCACCCGCGCAAGAAAACGCCCGAGGGCUGGCUCGUCCGGCUCCCGCUGCCCCUGCACUGGCACGUCCACAGCCUCUCCUCGCCCACAGCCUUCCAGCUCGACAUCCCGUCCCUCAGACUCCCGCGCGCCGACCGCAAAGGCCGCGCGACUAUCCACCAGGAGAAGAACUGGGCGAGCAGCUUCCCAGCAAGCCAUAUGUGGAUCCAGGCGCGCGACGGCGAGAACGAGCGCGGCGUGUGUCUGGCGGGCGGCAGGAUACUAGGCAUGACGGCGUAUAUGCUGGGCUAUCGGUCGAGGGAUCUAAAUGUCGAUUUCGUGCCGCCGUUCGCGCUGGCGGUGCUGGGCUUCAUCUCGCCGUUCAUGUCUGUUGAUGUCGACUACGCGAAUCGCGCGUUCGAGAUCAGCGUUAGCAAUUUGUUCUACAGGAUCGAUUUGAAGGCGAGGGCGCCGAAGGAGGGAGGCUGGUUCGGCCUGGGGAGUCCGUUUCCGGAGGGGCAUCGCCGCAAUUUUUGCACGGAGAGCUUUUUGACGGAGGUUGAGGUUGCGGUGUUUCGGCGGGGUUGGUGGGGCUGGAGCGAGGUUCGGAAGGAGCGGUUUGAGAAUGCGAGUCUGGAGUUUGCGGGAGGGUAUUUUCCUGAGAGGGGAGAGAAGAGAGAGUAGCG